AGAGAUGGCGAGCGGCGGGCAAAAAGUGGUGCUGAUCACCGGGUGCUCGUCGGGCAUCGGCCUAAGGAUGGCCGUGAUGCUUGCCAAAGACCAACAAAAGCGUUACCACGUCAUAGCUACGAUGCGAGACCUGAAGCGCAAGGACAAGCUGGUGGAAGCUGCUGGGGACGCGUACGAGAAAACACUCUCUCUGGCCGUGCUGGACGUGUGUAGCGACGAGUCGGUCAAACAGUGUAUCAACACCAUCAAGGAUCGCCACGUCGACGUCCUUAUCAACAAUGCGGGCAUCGGUCUGGUGGGCCCACUGGAGAGCAUUCCCAUGGAGGAGAUGAAGAAGGUGUUCGAGACCAAUUUCUUCGGCGUAAUUCGAAUGAUUAAGGAGGUGAUGCCGGACAUGAAGAGACGCAAAGGAGGACACAUCAUCGUGGUCAGCAGUGUCAUGGGACUCCAAGGAGUUGUCUUUAAUGACAUCUACGCGGCUUCUAAGUUUGCCAUGGAGGGCUUUUGCGAGAGUCUGGCCGUGCAGCUGCUGAAGUUUAACGUCACGUUGUCGAUGAUUGAGCCUGGCCCAGUUCACACGGAGUUUGAGGCCAAGAUGAUUCAAGACGUGCGGCAGAAGGAGUACCCGGGAGCCGACCCGGACACGGUGCACUACUUCAAGAACGUCUACCUGCCGUCUUCUGUGGACAUAUUCGAGACGCUGGGACAAACGCCGGAUGACAUAGCCAGAUGCACCAAGAAGGUCAUCGAAGCCAGCAGCCCUCGAUUCCGUAACCUGACCAACCCCUUGUACACGCCCAUCGUGGCGCUCAAGUACGCCGACGAGACGGGCGGCCUGUCAGUUCACGCCUUCUACCACAUGCUCUUCAACCUGGGCCCGCUCAUGCACGUCAGCGUGACCGCCAUGAAGUAUCUCACCUGCGGCUGUCUGAGGAGCCGCGCUGUGUCGCCAAACUAAGGAAGCAUAUCGACCGCUGACUUACACUGAAUUAACACUACAUUACCAUUAGGGGUGUAAAUUGUAAAUGAAAAUCCAUGACUCAGGGGCCGUCAACCUUAUUUUUGUUAUGGGCCACAUUGUAGUUAUGGUUUCUCUCAGAGGGCCGUUAUGACUGUGAAACCAUAUUGUCAUCAUAUGAUUACAUAUACACAACAAAUUGAUGGAUAACUAGUUUUGAACUCGGAAGUGAAGGAUAAUAGUUUGUUCAACUAUUUUUCAAGGUACGUACCGAACUGUGAUUGUUGGCUUAUCGUUACACCCCUAUUUACCAUACAUUUACCAUAGAUACAUUUACAUGCUCAGCGGUAGUGGUGCAUCAGAAAAAAGAGAUUCCCCUAGCAAAGCUAGUGUUAAUUCAUUGUCAUGCCAUAUUUUCUUCUAUACAUACAACUGCAAACAAAUCACUUCAAUGUUUUCUUCAUUUGCUGUCGUUUGAACAAUACAUUGACAACAAAACUAGAAUGAACGUUUUAACUGACUGGCGCCAUCUUGUGGAUUUAUAGGAAUUCGGGGGUUAUGCAAACAUUUCAAUUUGUUUUUUUUUCUAAGGAAAGUCCAGUUAAUUGCCUUUCUGUGACUCUUCCAGUCUCUGUGUUGCAACUUGCUGAUGACAUUCUAAACUCAGUGGCCACUUCCUUUAAGAAUAUCCUGAAGCCUGUCAAUGGUUAAGUACUUUUGAUCAGUUGUGAGGUGUCGUCUUGGUCUCAUGAUGUCAAAAUGUGGACAGCAUGAUGAAGAGGACUGCUUAAAUACCAAUUCUAACUUAACUCAAAAAUGGCUUGGCUCAAACGCCUGUGAAUUUUGCCAAUCAGCUUCAAUGUAAGAAAAAAAGCAAGUUGUGCAAAAAAAGAACUGCAGCACUGAACAGUUAAACAUGCAUUCACAAGUUUAAACAUGACGGUCAAAUUAAGUUUAGCUGGCUGUAAAGGUCACUGUACACUUUACGCUCAUCAUGGAAUUUCACCCUCAAGCCCAAUUUAAGUGAGUAGUGUAGUCUAUGUUAACUACCUAACUGAGAAAGACUAAUUAUUAAUUAAAUAUGUAAACCUUUGCAUACUUAACUCACGGUGCCAAUAACACCACUCAGCGUGAACUUCCUACGACGCUACCUUGUCACGUAUGAAAAUUAAAUAAUGAUAAAAAUUGACAUUACCGAGAUUAGUUUAGUUUUAGCGUUCGAUUUAAAAAGGCGGCCACUGUUAACUAUGUCAACCUUUUUAUGUCAAAUAAACAAGAUAAUAUUUAAAUUAAAUGCUAUCUUCUUUGUUUAUUUUAUGUGACAUUUCAGCUUUUGUUUAUUUAUUUUUCCUAAUUUUAACCUAUAUCAAACGCUGUAUUGGAAGUUUCGCAGUAAAGUCUAACUUCACUACAGCUGCUAAAACUAAAACUCUCCCAUUAACUGAAUUGAUUCUGGCAGGUCGAAUUGAUUCUGGCAGGUCGUCCUGUUACUUGCCCUGAUCGAGUUGUAGGAACUCGAUUGCUUUCGCCGUCGCGGUGAGUGCAACGCGUAAAGUCUUCCGCCAUGUUGCAGCGGUGAAUU